UGUUUAUUUGUAAACGUCAAUAUAAGUUAAAUUCAAUUGUAUACUUGUUAAUUUGCCGUUUAUCAUUUGUUAAAUUAACAAUUAAAACUUAUUGUAAUAAUAAAGUGCGCGGUAUCGCCGUGUAAUGAGUGAUUCAGAUGAUACAGAUAUUCUGUUGUUAAUACCACCGAAUUACUUCGUCUCUGCUACGCCGGAGGAGUUGUUAGAGUUUCAAGGAAUACAUCCAGCAAGGACCGCAGCUGUCGCGCAGAAUAAUAGGAAUGCUAAUUACCUACAUGAUUGUUUCAAUCGUACAAAUCAUUUAUAUGCUUCAAAACAAAAUUUACAAAAAAUGGACACAACUCUAACCGAGUCUAAUAAAAAUACCAUAUCUAUUAAUACUCAAAAGAACAUGGAUAUGCUCUCAGCGAACAAAUGUGUAGAACUUAAUGAAAUUAAUUCACGCCUAAGGCUAUUGGAACGUGAAAAAGAUUGCCAUUUUGCAGCAGCGUCAGAUAUAUCUACCAUAUCCAAUGGUACACAAGCAGAACGAAAUAAACGGGAAGGUCUGGUACAUUCCACGCCAAAAUGUUAUGCCGAAACCGAUCGUCUUUAUAAUAAUAAUGCUAGAGGUAUUUUAAACGAAAUAGACAAUUUCUUGGAUGAUCGAAAUCGGGAAGAAAUAAAUAAUGUGCCCACAGCACUGCAACAAGAAGCCUUAAACUUGAAUUUAGUAAUACCAGAAAAAUUGGAGCAACAAAAAGAUCGAUAUCAGCAUGCUUAUUCUGAUAUAAAAGCGGUUUAUGGCACGGACGUUAACUUAAUUAGCUUAAGUGAAAUCUGGGGCAAAAGUGGCCAAGGUACUGCAAUCGCUUGUCCUGUUCCACCACAGUCUGCGUAUAUAGAAGAACAGAUAAGACGUCAACACCUAGAGCGCACUGUUCAUUCGUUACAAACGCGCCUACUAGAAUAUCAACAAAGACUUUCGGUGGCUAUAGAGGUAGAUCGUGCUAAGGAUGCUGCUAUAUGUAACGCACAAAGCGAAUCUAAAGCCUUAGAUGUAGAGCUUAAAGUGUUACGAGAGAAAGUUUCAAAACUGGAAGCGGAUAAGUCGGAGUAUAAUACCAAAAUAGAGACACUUCAAAAAGAAUUAGCGCAGGCCGUCAACUUAGUAGCAAAAUUUCAGGAUAAAAGUGAAAAAUUAGAAAAUGAGCUUUUAAGCACGUCCAGAAAGUCAAACGAAUGUACAAAUAUGUAUAAACAACAAAUAGAAGAACUUGAAAUUAAAAUCCAUGGAUGUAAGAGAUCGGAGGAGUUUGCUAUAAAUGAGUUAAGCAAGUUUAAAGAUAAACUGGUAAAAGUAGAUUAUUUAAAUGAAAAGCUCAAAACCCGUUGUGAUGAAUUGGAAAAGGAUUGUGCAACAUUGAGAAAUCAAAAAGAAACGUUGCAGGAAUUUCAGCAAAAGCAAAAAACGCGUGCUGACACCUUAGAAGUGCAGAAAAAGUCCUUGCAAGAGAAAGUAAAUAAUCUAACGGAAAAUGAGCUAAAUUUAAAGAAAAAAAUGGAACUGCAGCAAAAAUCUCUAAAAUCUCACUACCAACAACAAUUGGAAAAUGCUGUGGAGCAAAAAAUGAAAGAAUUCCAACAACAACUGGACAAGAAUGAGGAAAUACUAAAAUUAGAAGGGCGUGAACGGGAACGUUUAAUCGCCGAACGUGCCGUAAAGCAAAUAGAAUUAAUUAAUGAGAAAAAUGAAAUGGAACUCAAUUUGCUGCAAGAGAAACAAAAAGAAGAAGUCGAGCUAUAUCGUAUACAACUUGCGAAUGCCACAAAGAAAAUUGAAGAUUUGGACACAAAGUUGAAUGCUUACAAAACCAAAAGAUCUAUCAUAGCAGAAAAGUUGCAUGGGGUUAUGGAAGAUCAAUGGCAAAAAGCAUUAGAAAUAUUAACAUCACCAAGUAAUCAAUCACAGCAGAUUGGUAAUAGUACCGAUACCGAUUCAGUGGCGAAUAAUGAAAUUGAAUUAAAUAAAGGUGGUUGUGACUUUGAAACACCAAAGAAGAAUAAAACGCGUGAUAGAAUAUUAAAAGUCAAAGAAAACAAUUUGCAUAAUAUUAACGAGCGGAAGUCUUCCCCUGAACCGAUGGACCGACUGCAGGCAUAUAUUGAAUUGUUGCUCAGUAAAUCACCAAGUGAAUUUGAUAGAUUAGAUGAAAUUUUAGCUUUAGCUAAUAAAUCUAAAUCGUCGACAUCCAAUAAUAAAUUCGAUAAGGAUGAUAAACAUAAAAAUUGCUGUAAGCCGCCUUGGCGCGGAUAAAAGACUAUUGGAUUUAAAUGAUUUGAUCAAAAAGAAAA